AUGCGCCUUUCUCACCCUUUGCUUGCCACCCUCAGUCUCCUCCUUGCUGUCAAUGCAGCUCCCGCAGCAGAAGGCGAAGCUUCUGCCGACGGGUCUGCAGCUGCGGCCAGUCCGACGAGCGUCGUAGCGAACGGCACCACGUCCUGGCCGGUCAUCACUGCCACUCGCCUCAUGAACUCCCUUAUCUCUGAGAGCCCGUACUUUGUGACGGUCACCACAGUCAUGACUUGGACGCAAAGCCCUACGGCCACACCCAGUGCUAGUGGUUCCGCUUAG